AUGCCCACGCCCACGCUCACUGCCAUCUUUUUGCUCGGCGCCAUCCACAGUCUCUGUGGCGGCGGCGUCCUGCUCCGACAACGACCCCGCGCCCACGCUGCCCUACGACGCCCAAAGCAUCGCAACCGGUCGAGUGUCGAGGAGGCGGAUGAGACCCAGCUGGCGGCGGAGGACAAGGAAUUCUUCUCCGCACACCCGAACGAGUACAUAUUGUAUCCGACCUGGCUGCCCGGCUCCUUGAAAACCCCAGCCCGACGCCACGCCCACCCAUCGUAUCCCUCUCAUCCACUCCUGCUCUCGACCUACUCGACACCACGCCCACUUGCUCGCAUCGUCCAUGCCUCCUCUGCACAUUGUCUGCAUUGCCCGGACUCCCGAUUGAAACGCCCGGACCCCUUGCUCGACGCCAUGGGCACUCGCGAGCGCAAGUGCUCGGCCCGCUCGACUGUCGAUCCCGCAUCCGCCCUCGUCCCCUUAGGUCCACAUGCCCGCUUUUGCCUGCGACUCAUAUCCACCCACACUCGUCUCCUCGACACGCCCAUCCACUCAUCCACUUAA